GUGCGAAUUCGGCGAUUUACAAAUCAAGCACCGGUGGCAGCUCGCCUGGCGGAUGAUUUGUAGCUCUGCUGUUAGCUUCACGCUCGGGUCUUCCACGGACUGGGGGCGCUACUGUACCCGCAGUGUAGGUCCUGUCGCUGGAGAAGCGUUCCGCUCACGGUGUCUGGUGUUCCCGCACCGUUCGGGCAGAAAAACAAGGGUCGGUGUGCGGGGCAGCGGGACUGCGGUGCGGCGGGGCAGUAGCUGCUGGAUGUGUAGCACAGCUGAACCGAAUCUGCUCACGGACAGACGUGAACAGCGGGAUUUAACGAGCGUUUCCCUGCGGUGAGGCCGAGCCGGGCUGAGAUGGAAUGGUGCGGGAUAAUAAUGAGAGAUAUCGCGGCCUGAACACGCACAACAACAUGGAGAUUCAUCCACUAUGCACUAAGCUUCGCCAUCACAAGGGCGUGGAGAUGAAGGAUGACGUGUGUGAGAAGCAGAGCUCCGUCACUAUCAAUCCCCGGCACAUGAAGGAAGCCUUCAGGAUCAUGAACGAGCUGCGCAGUCAGGGUGUGCUGUGUGACGUGACCAUCGCGGCGGAGGACGUGGAGAUCGCCGCACACCGGGUGGUCCUGGCCGCCGGGAGCCCGUACUUCCACGCCAUGUUUACAGGCGAGAUGAGCGAGAGCCGGCAGAAGAAGGUCCGGAUAAAGGAGGUCGAUGGCUGGACCCUGGGGAUGCUCAUCGACUACGUUUACACGGCCGAGAUCCAGGUCACGGAGGACAACGUGCAGGUGUUGCUGCCGGCCGCCGGCCUCCUCCAGCUACAGGAAGUGACGCGGGCCUGCUGCGGGUUCCUCUCCGCCCAGCUCCACCCCACCAACUGCCUCGGGAUCCAGGCCUUCGCCGACCUGCACGCCUGCUCCGACCUGCUCGGCCUGGCCGACGCCUACGCAGGGCAGCACUUCUCGGAGGUGGUGCGGUGCGAGGAGUUCCUCAGCCUGGGCAUGGAUCAGGUGUGCAGCCUCAUCGCCAGCGACGAGCUCACCGUACCCACCGAAGAGAAGGUGUUCGAGGCGGUCAUCACGUGGGUCGAGCACGACAAGGACGUCCGCCGGGAGCACAUGGCUCACCUGAUGGAGCACGUGCGCCUGCCCCUCCUCUCCAGAGAGUACCUGGUCCAGAGGGUGGAGGAGGAAACCCUGGUGAAGAACAGCAGCGCCUGCAAGGACUACCUGAUCGAGGCCAUGAAGUACCACCUGCUGCCCGCCGAGCAGCGCUCCACGAUGAAGACCGUCCGCACCAGGGCGCGGACGCCCGUCAGCUACCCCAAGGUGAUGGUGGUGGUCGGGGGUCAGGCUCCGAAAGCCAUCCGCAGCGUGGAGUGCUACGAUUUCGAGGAGGAGCGGUGGUACCAGGCGGCCGAAUUGCCCUCCAGGAGGUGUCGAGCAGGUGUGGUGUACACGGGCGGCGCGGUGUACGCGGUCGGCGGCUUCAACGGCUCCCUGCGCGUCCGGACGGUGGACGCCUACGACCCCGCCAAGGACGAGUGGCGCUGCGUGAGCGGCAUGCAGGACCGCCGCUCCACGCUGGGCGCCGCCGUGCUCGCCGGCCUCCUGUACGCCGUGGGCGGCUUCGACGGCAGCACGGGUCUGGCGACGGUGGAGGCGUACAACUCCAAGACCAACGAGUGGUUCCACGUCGCGCCCAUGAGCACCCGGCGCAGCAGCGUGGGAGUGGGCGUGGUCGGAGGUACGCUGUACGCCGCGGGCGGGUACGACGGCGCCACCCGGCAGUGUUUGAGCACGGUGGAGGCGUACAACCCCAACGCCAACGAGUGGAUGUACGUGGCGGAGAUGGGCACCCGGCGCAGCGGGGCAGGGGUGGGCGUGCUGAAGGGACUGCUGUACGCGGUGGGGGGGCACGACGGGCCGCUGGUCAGGAAGAGCUGCGAGGUGUACGACCCCGUCUCCAACACCUGGAAACAGGUGGCUGAUAUGAACAUGUGUCGCCGGAACGCAGGCGUGUGCGCGGUGGGAAACCUGCUGUACGUGGUCGGUGGGGACGACGGCUCCUGUAACCUGCCCUCGGUGGAGUUUUAUAACCCCGGCUCGGACAAGUGGACCCUACUGCCCAGCUGCAUGAGCACGGGACGCAGUUACGCAGGUGUGACGGUCAUCGACAAACCUCUCUGAGGAGGUCGGAGCCUCGCCGGAGGAGUCUGAACCCCGUUGAAGCGGGAGCUGAUUAGAAGCUGCCGCGAUGCCGAGGAGGCUCACGCCGACGCCCUCGAUGAGGAUGAAGCUUCUUCUCCCACUAUGAGCUGCACUUUGAUGAAGGCUGGACAACACUACUCUCUCUCUCUCUCUCUCGCCUCUCUCUCUCUCUCUAUUUCUUUGGCUCUUAUCACUCGUCGAGUUUCUUUCCCUCGAUCCUUUUGUCCGAGAGUAGUGACGAUGAAGCGCGAUGAAGAUUCGUGCGUUUUUGCGAAGGUGAGGCGCCUGGACACUGGAGGAAGGUUUUAGCACCUGUCGGCGCCGGACGGAAGCGGGAGGAGGAACCACUUUUAUUGCUCUUCGUGGCUGUUUGAAGCUGUUUGAAGUCUGCGAAGGGAGACUUGCACGUUUCUCCGGUUCCUUGCGUCGAUUAUUUUAACCGGUGUGAUAUAUUUUUUUUCCCGCUCUUCGGUGACGUGUCGGUGACGCGCUGCUACGUGGACGCGCGUUCUGGGCAUGUGCGGCGACGUCCCGGACUGCUGCUCGGCUGCUGAAGUGCUUUCUGCAUGGAUCCCGGUGUUCGUGUCGUGUGUGUGUGUGUGCGAUGUUUUUAAACUACUGAUGUCGUCUGUUCGGUCGAGGACGGGACGCGGCCGAACGCUGACCAAAACGUGUUUUUCUUUGAUCUUCUCGGCCUUUUGUAAUCGGUUCUGUACUCCGGCCGGUUCUUUCUAUUUAACUGGUGUUAAUGGUUAUAAUAUAUUCGUGUUCGGACGUGUCGGUCGAGAGGAAUGCCGUGUACUUGAACCAUUUCAUAAUGUGUUUUAUAUCAUGAAUAAAUAAACAUGCUUCUUGUAUUUACA